AGCCGUGAAGAGCGCGAAGCGUGAAGGGAAUCGAGCAGAACUCUGGUUGCGUGACAGGUUAGGUUCUUGUGAAGCGAUGCGAAAAAUGACUCGACAGGAGAUAACCUGGAUUUAAGCCGGCGUGCCAUAUGUCGAGGGGAGGCACGAGGUGAUCCCGACGAAUUUUAGACGCCGCGGAAGAGAGAAGGGAGGAGAUCUCACAGGUGCCGGUCGGUUUCGUUGCUUUUGUUUUGCCACGCAAGGAUACUUAAAAUGGCGAAACAGUUAAAAGCGCCAGAGAAAGUUGCGAAACUAAGGUCCAAGCCCAAGACGAGUAGCCCAAGAUCCAGCUUGCAAUUGCCAAUCAAUUUUAUAAUAGUUGUUGUGAGCAUGGCCGUUGCCAUGUGGUUCGGAUACAAGGGAUACUGCGAAACGAGAGUUAACACUCCAUAUGACGUAAACAAGGUUGUUAUUGCAUCUGGACUGGAUGUCCCGGACAGAUAUUGGGGCACCUAUCGAUCCGGUGUAUAUUUUGGUUUAAAAACACGGGACCCAUACUCCUUGGUGACUGGUUUGAUGUGGUAUUUCCCACGUUUCCUACGCCACGACGGUACUGGAUUUAGGCACUGGUGCGAGCAAGGCGAUCAACUGGAAAGAUACGCGUGGUUGGAGCACGACGGGCGAACAUUCGGCGUUCAGAAGAUAGUAGACAGUUCUGUGACUAUAAGAACGACAUUCGUGAAGAAGCCCGGCGGGUAUCACGGUGGCGAUUGGACCGCGAGAAUCGCAGUGUCGUCGGAGAAGAAGGAACGGAUUGGCGAAGAGAUAUCGCUGUUGUUUUACAGCGCUAUCGAGGAGGGCACGAAGGGUUGGAUUAAGGCCAAUCUAGGAGAUUACAAUCGUCUGACGGGAAUAGAGGGAAACACGCAGGGAUUGGGAUCUUUCGCUAUAAACCUGAAUUUAGUGAAUAGCACCAUAGAAGAGCAUUCCUUCCUGGCGACGGUCGCGCCCGGUCUGAACGUGCUGAAGGAGACGGUCCUGCAGAAUCUCCGCGUUGCGACGCAGAAGGGAUCCAACGAGAAGCACGUGGUUUUAGCGGGCGAACAGUUGCCGUUGCUGCCGGAGGGCAAGAAGAAGGAUCCGAAUUUUAUCGUCACCCAAGUGACGGGGAAGAUCCCACUCGAGAUCGAGGUCAGUUACGAGUCUGGCAGUUUCGGCAACAGAGUGGACAAAUUAACGGGCGACAACUACGACGAGGCUCUCGAGGCACGCAGGGAAGCGUUCGCGAAGAAGUUCGAAGGCGUUUUCAAGCUCAAGUCCAAGGGUUACACGGACGACGAGGUCGCGUUCGCGAAGAUGGCCUUCUCGAAUCUCAUAGGCUCGGUGGGCUACUUUUACGGGACCUCGCAGGUGCAGAGUACGUACACCAAGGGACCCGUGCCUUACUGGAAGGCACCUCUGUACACUGCCGUACCAAGCAGAAGCUUCUUCCCACGUGGUUUCCUGUGGGACGAAGGUUUUCACGGUCUACUAAUCUCGGCCUGGGACUUGGAAAUCGAACUGGACAUUAUGAGCCACUGGUUCGAUCUGAUGAACGUCGAGGGCUGGAUACCGAGGGAGAUGAUCCUCGGCCAGGAGGCCGUGGCCAAAGUGCCAGAGGAGUUCGUAACGCAGAUCAACACGAACGCGAAUCCGCCUACGUUCUUCUUGACGCUGGAUUUUAUGCUGCAGCGCAACGAGCAGGACCUGCUGCACAACUUCCGGCUGCUCGACAAGCUGUAUCCACGGCUGCAGACGUGGUUCUCGUGGUACAACGUCACGCAAGUCGGCGAGCUGCCGAGCGCGUACAGAUGGCGAGGCAGAAACGACAAGACCACCAGGGAGUUGAAUCCGAAAACGCUCACGUCCGGCCUGGACGAUUACCCCCGGGCCUCCCAUCCGAGCGUCGUCGAGCGCCACGUCGAUCUGCGUUGCUGGAUCGCCUUCGCCGCUCGCGUCAUGGCUAGAAUCGCCGAGACGUUGAGCUACCCCGCCGCGAAGUACGAAGAAACAUUCCAGUAUCUGUCCGACAAUAACCUGCUGAACAAGCUGCACUGGUCAUCGAACGCGCAGGCAUACGCCGACUACGGUUUGCACACCGACAAGGUGGUUCUGCGGAAGCUCGCGCCACCGCCGUCUCGUAAGCAGCAGCAGCAGCAGCAAGCUGCCAAUGUGCAGCCGGAAAUGCAGCGCGUCGUACUGGAGGAUCCGUCUCUGAGGUUCGUCGACACGACCUUUGGAUACGUGUCGCUGUUCCCGUUCAUGCUGCAGAUCGUCGAGCCCGACUCGCCGCAGUUGGGGAAGAUACUGCAGGAUCUGCGGGACCCCGAUCUGCUCUGGACGAAGUACGGACUGCGCUCGCUCGCGAAAACGUCGCCUUUGUACAUGAAAUACAAUACGGAACACGACGCGCCUUACUGGCGCGGCCCCGUCUGGAUAAAUAUGAAUUACUUGACGGUGCGGGCCGCGUAUCAUUAUUCUAACGUGAUGGGACCGUAUCAGGAGAGCGCGAAGAGGAUAUAUCAGGAGCUGCGAAAGAAUUUGAUACAGAAUAUUAUUAUGCAAUACAGGAAGACCGGAUACAUGUGGGAGCAUUACGAGAACACGGAAGGGAAGGGCAAGGGAAGUCACCCCUUCACCGGCUGGACUUCCUUGGUUGUACUACUUAUGGCAGAAAUAUAUUAAAUGUCGCGUUGUGCGUGUGUGUGUAUGUGUGUAUAUUGAAUUCAAGUCAGUCGUUCAAAACUAUUUUACCAAAAGUGAAAUCAAAAGAUACUGAAGUGUUCAUUCAGAGUUAACAUAUGGAUUUAUUGACUUCACUUUGUGUGUUUAAGAUAGGUAGAAAAAGUUUUGUUAUUUUGUUUAUUUUGUUAUUAUUAUACGUUAUGUGUAUAUUGCAUUUUUAUUUUUUAUAUUUGUUAUAUGGGAGUCAUGGUAUUGUCUGUGAAAGAGAAAAACAUUUGUAAGCAUGUUGAAUUAUAUGUGUAUAGGUGUACGAUACACUCGCACAUGUCAUUUACAUUUAAUUGGAAAGCAGUACACUUUGAUAUCUUGAUGGCCUAAUAUUCUUGAGCUCCGACAUCCGCGAGUUCUAGAUCGAAAAUAAUUGCGCUACUUACAAUGUUUCUGUAAGUAUUAAAAUAAGAUAACAUUUGAAUGUUAUACAACAAGUUUUGUAUUACUGUCAUACAUGUCUUUUUGGCACAGUGAUCCAAUGGAACGUUCUAUAUUCUUACUGCAGAUGUAUUUUAUAGAUAAGGCAAAUUGUUUAUUUUCAUAUAUUCGAGUAAAAAAAUUUUUUUUUCUUAUUCUCAUCAUGAACUCUAUAUAAUACGCUAUAAUUUGCAAAAUCGUAAAUGGGAUUAUGGUACUGUGUACGUACAAUUGUCAUGAAAAGAAGCUAGAUUUCAAAUCCUGGCUGUGAUUCACUGAAAACUUGUAUAUUCUAAUCCUAAGCUCUUGUUGAGGAAGUGCUAUGUUUCAUGAUUGUAGAGCAUAACUCGGAAACACGACACUUAUUUUUUAUGGUUCUGCAAAAAGAAGUUCUUACUAUAAUCUAAUCAUUGUUUUCAAAAUGAAAGAUUAGGCGCUCCAUAUGUGUAUAUAAAUAUACCAUAAUAAAAUGUUAUUUCCACAUUGA